AUGGCGGCACCUCACGAACUCGCUGGCACAAAUGCCGUUCCAACAGAAGAACAGGCCAUAGCCAUCCGACAAACGCUAUUUUCCGCCAAACAACAUAUCCAAUCGCUGCAAGAUGAGCUUGCCAACCUGACGGCCCAGCUUGCUCACGCGUGCAAGCACCGUGACGAGCUCGAAGCCCCCAUUCGCGAGCACCAAGCACUGACGUCCGCCGCCCGCCGGUUGCCCGACGUCGUUCUCCGUGCCAUAUUUAUCUCCACCCUCCCCACUCACCGGAACGCGUCAUUUGCAUCUGACGAGGGACCAUAUCUGCUUUGCCGCGUAUCGAGGCGCUGGAGGGCCCUCGCCAUGGAUACUCCGUGUUUGUGGGCAUCGAUGCAUGUCGUGAUUCCCCGCGCAGAGGCUUUCUUGCCAAUGAUAGACACUCUUCGUCUAUGGCUCAGCAGGUCCACCAUAGACCCACUUUCAGUCUCUGUCUGCUUUCCAAAAGCAGUCAGGACACGUUCCCCUCUAGUUACAUCCCUACUCGCCAUCUUGGUCGGCCAUGCACCAAGAUGGCAGAAGAUGCGGGUAGUCGUGUACGAGAAAGCGGAUGUUGAUGCCCUCACCCAGCUCACUGCAACGGAUCUCCCCAUCCUCCAAGACUUCGACAUUACAAUACAACACGGGAUAUCGAUUCCCUCCAUAGAAAUCCCAUUCGCAUUUCUCCGGACCCCGUCCCUACGCCGAUUGACUAUUUCUCAAUUGCCUCAGCCAGACGAUGUGCUCUGGGGGCGGCUCGUUCAUCUUGAGUUCCAUGCCAGCAUCAGCAACCUCAUCCACUUCUCGCUCUACGCGGGCUGGACUUGGCCAAGGGAUGCUCCUUCCGACAUGGACUUUGAACCCAUUCGCUUGCCGCUGCUGUCCGAGUUCCGGAUCUUGUUCAGCGACAGCCUCAUUGUCGGGCGGACGCUGGAAAAAUGCGAGUUCCCCAGCUUGCACCGCCUGAGUGUGCAGUCGCGGUGGCCGCAGCUUAUCAUCGGCGAUCUCGGGCUGCCACAGCUCAGCGCGGCAAGUCCCGGGCUGAAAAGUCUUGAGCUUACGGCGGAGGGCAUGCAGCGGGGGGCCCUAGAGGCGGCGCUGCAUGCGCUUCCCCAGCUGGAAGAGCUGACGCUCUCGGGCGAGCCGCUAUAUCCACCGACGACGCCACAGGGCGCCUGGACACGUGACCUAGGAUUCUUCGAUGCCCUUGCGUCUCCCGCGCUUUGUGCAGCCCUCCGCAAAUUGGUGCUGCGCGACAUCCGCCGUGCCUCAGAUGCGCAGCUCCUCGCCGUCGUCCGCGCUCGCUGUCGCGGCCGCCUCCGCGAGUUUCGAUGUCAGCUGCAGCGGCCGCUGGGAGUUGACUUGCGGGAGGAACUGCGAAAGGAGAUUGCCCGCGGGCUGCAGCUGAAGGUGGAGGUGCUGAGAGAUGCGCAGCUGAAGGUGUAUACGCCGUUGGAGCGGACGGAGAGGGCCCCGAUGUGGCCUCAUUGGAGCGACGACGACGACGAUUGA